GUGUCUUCCCUUGCAGACGCUCAUGUUUUUAAUGCACUCGUGUUGUGUUCAGGUGACGUCCGACGCCGCGGCCGAGUGGGGCUCCCGACAGGCCCACCUGAACGAGAUGGGGAACUUCCUGAUGGAUCACACGGACCCUCAGACCGGCAGGGUCCUGGAGGAGGAGCUGCGCAGACUCAACGCGCACUGGGCCGAGUUCGUGGAGAGAAACGCAUUCGGCGGCGUGGCUGAGCCCAGCGCUGAGGUCCAGACCGGAUCCCAAGACCUGCAAGCGCUGAUCAAAGAGGCUGCUCUCAUCCUCAAAGAGCCUCUGGAGACCAUGGCGGCGCCCUUACGCACCUACAGAAAGAGAAUACAGUUCACGAUGAGGAGAUUCAAAGCAGUGGAUCUGGAUGCUCUGGCCGCUUCCCCAGAAUGCUCAGCGGAUCAGGUGGAGAAACUGAAGCUCGCUGUACCUGAAGUGGUGCAGACCCUGUUUGAGGCGGAACAGGUGUGUGCUGAGCUGCAGCACAGUGUGUCGGGGCUGGACAGUCGCCUGGCUGAACUCCUUUACUGGGAGUCUGAGGCCCGGGAGCUUUACCAGCUGCUGAGGGCCGCGGAGCGACAACAAAAACAACAACAGCAGCAGCGGGGGGGCCAGGACCCACGAGCCAGGGUCCUGAUUUCCCGUGGUCUGCAGCUGGAGGGUCAGGUGGUCACAGAAGAGCAGGACCUGCAGGUGAUGGUUAUGACGAGUCAGAAGACCUCUCCCAUCCAGUACCUCCACGCCUCCGCCAUACAGGACCGAGUCCGAGCCGCCGUUGCACAGUCACAGGCCAGAAGCUGUAGGCAUGCUGAGCAGCCUGGGAGCCAGAAGAGAUCGGAGCAGAAGCCCCCCAGAAGGGUCCCCUCCAUCAAAAGUUUCUAA